AUGUUUCAAAUAAUGAGCCCAAAGCUCAGACUGCAAACUCAAACACACAAACCUUUUUUUAACUUGUAGACCUGCGUAAUUUCAGGGAGAGGGAAGAAUCCUCGUAUGGUCAUGUCAGGCACACAGACCCCACCGACUGUUUUUGUGAGGGGCAGCCAAUCAGAAGAAAGUUGUCUGAAAGGUUAGACGCUAAAGCAGCUGGCUUCUACACAGAGAUCUGCGUGGACAUAAAGAAAAAAAACCUGCACGAAUAUAUGUUUUAUUCAGUUUUGCGUAGUUUAAAUAUUUUUGUCUCGCUUGGUGCUUUUACUUUGAAAACCAUACGUGUUUUAAUUUGACAGCAGCGGCUGCUUCCUGCAUGUGGGCGAGGCAGAGUGACAGCUGCGAGCUGGAGACUUGUUUUUAUCCUCCUGGAGACGAAAUGUGAAGAUUUCAAAGCGAAAGUCUAGAAGAAAAAAUACGAAAAGGAAAAACGAAAAAGGUUCAGCGUCCGGAAGAAGAUUUUUCCGCACUUUCGGACAAAAAAAGGAGGAAAAGUGAUCGUCUGCUCUCAGGCUGCGUCUCUGCAGGAUGUGAGAGAAGCGCAGCAGAGAACAAAGAGCAACUUUAAAGAUCCUCGGACGCCGCUCUGCAGACAAACAUGGCUCUGUUCUUCUCUGGCGCCGUCACAAGUUCUCCAGUCAAGCGAAGGUUGAGGAACAGUCACUGUGAGAGCCUCGACGUGUCUCUACUCUCUCCCGACUCCUCCUACAUCUGCUACACCUCAGCGCACGGCAGCGAGCCCUGCUGCUGCCGCCGCUCGCCACGCCUCCUCACCAACGGAUACUAUGACGUGACCGAGGACAGCUUCUCCUGGGACGACGAGGGCAACGUGUCACUGACGCCCUGCAAAACCAGCGUCUCCUACAAGGAGAACCUGCACAGGGUUUUCCGGCGCAGGCGGCGACCUCGCAGCUCGCUGGUUCGCCUGCUGAGCGAUGUCACGGAGAGCUGCCAGUCGUGGCUCGAUGAGAAAGUCUUCAGAGGUGUUUUUGGGACGGUGAACAGCUGGAACCAGAAGCAGGAAGUUGACCAGGACCAUGACCUGGACUGGUCCAGGAGCAGCCCUGAUGGUCCGGCCUGUCUGGACGAGUCCUGGUCGCCGCUCAACAGCACUGAGCUGGAGGAGAGCCGCGCCUUCACGUACGACUCCACUGAGGUCAUGACUCCUCCCGACAAAGAAGCCCCGCCUCCAAAUCUCCUGAUCCACGAGGAGAUUUGCUCUGAGAUCUGUCAGUCAAAGGAGCGUUUCACCCAGUCGCUGGGCAGCCUCUCCGAAGUCCCGCCUCCUUCACCUUUCUACACCAACACCUGCUGCUGUCAGGCGUCACCUGAGCCCACAGGGUUCACGCUGAAGGCCCUCCUCCUUCUCGUCUUCACCGUCUUCAUCUUCACAGCUCUGUACUCGGGGUGUCUGUGGUGGAGCGCGACUGUCACGUCGACCGUCUUCAUGAUGAUCACAACAUGUAUGCUCCUGACAAAGUCGGGCCCGCUGGGCGAGUGGAGGAGGGCGAAGACGGAGGACAUCACGUCGAGAAACGAGUGAGGAAACGCGUCUGGAGAACCUGAAGGAGGAGAAGGCGAAAAGGUCGGACGGGACUCAGCAGAAACGUUAGAUUCUGACUUUUAUUUCACUUUAUGUUUGCAUGUGAGGUGCACAAAAUAAUCUGAGCUCCAGAAAACAUUUUAGAGCAAACAUUUCUCCUUUUAAAACAAAAAUCACUCCUUAAAAGAGGUUUUUGUAUUCACAACAUUUUUAAAAAUGUGUCAUCUUUACGUUGAAAUGUACACGCAGAGCAGGAGGCUGCUUCGUGCUUUUAGUCAGAUUUAAGCCAUGAAAUGUCUUCUAGCUGAAAAAAGUUGUUAUUAAAGUGUUGGAGCUCAGUGGCACAUGUUAGUAGUUUAGCAGCUUAGAAAGCUAAAAACAUUCAUAUCAACUCAAAAUGUAGCCGAUGUAUUUUAGGAGUGUCUUCUUUCUUUGGUUUGUAGUUGAUCUUGGCUUUUUUGAGCGUUCCAAAGUGACCAAACGUCAGACGUUUAAUGUCUGCAAAACAUUUUCAGGGUUAAAGGGCAAAAAAUAAAUAAAAAUAAGAGCUGUGACUUUUUAUAAAAACCAAAUGCACAAAAAUCACCUGGAGGCUAUAAAAGUGCCAUUUUCCCCUCCAGAAUAAACAGAACGAAGAGUUUUACUACAAAAUAAAAUACCCACAAACACAGUGAGUAUUUUCACAUUAAAGUUCAGCUCAGAUUUUAUUGUGAAAGCUGGAUUCCUGAAUUUCUGGUAAUUUUACUGGUACAAAAUACUUUCUUACAUCUAUAAAAUCAUCGCCAGGUUUAAUUUGCUGACAUCGAUUGAUGACAGGUCAGUGGGCGGGGCCGUAGUGUUCAGUAGAUCAUCCUGAUUGAUCACAGUCAGAUAAAUGGGAGUUUAUGAAACCAGCAGAGGCCGUUAAAGCAAACAGACCUCCAGAAGGUCCUCUCAAUUCUCCACCGGACUCUCAAACAGCUAACAAUCAUCUACUUUAAGAAUCUUCUCAGGACUGUUUUGAGCAGGGAUGUCCAACUCCAGGCCUCAAGGGCCGGUGUCCUGCAGGUUUUUCAUCUCACCGUGGGUCAACAAUCCUGAAUCAAAUGAUUAGUUCAUUAGCAGGCUUCUGGAGAACUUCAAGACAUGUUGAGGAGGUCAUUUAGCCAAUUCGAUCAGCUGUGUUGGAUCAAGGACGCAUCUAAAUCCUGCAGGACUCCGGCCCGUGAUGCCUGGAGAUCCCCACCCCGGGUUUAGAACUUCUUUAGCUGGAUGAAGAAUGUCGAGAACAAUAUUGAGGCUUCUGGGCUUUUUAUAUACCAAUAAGGUGCUUGGAUGCCUGCUCAGACCUCCACAAGAACUCCUGAAUCCUCCUGAAGCACUUUGAAUCUGCUGCCUUUCAAACCUUCCUUGGACAAGAACCACCUCAUAGCAUAGAGGCUCAUUUCCAGGAUCUGGCUUACAUCAUUAAAAUGCAUCCGUACCGGUAUUCGGCCAUUGUGCUAAAAGACACCAGCUUAGGUCCGUUGCACGGAUCCGGUCCAGAACUUAAGAUGGAUCUAGCCUGAAUCUGGGCCAAAUAUAUUUUAUCUGGGUUAUUUCCCAGUUUUAAAGAAAAUAGGUAACAGUAGUGUCCAUUAUGCAUUUGCUCAUCUCUUGGCCACUAGAAACCAUGUGAGGUUGUUACAGAAGGAAAAUUCUCACAUUUAAUUUGCAGUAAACGCUUGAAAAUUGUGUAUAUUUGAUGUUAAAGAGCUAUUUUCAGAUAGUUAUUCUCUGCAGCAUUUUGUGGUAAAACUCUUCAGCUGUUAGGUGCCUUCAAUCAGCCAGCAGUGCUCACAUGCUGAUAAUAAUAAAGGGAACCCUGAGAUGCUGUUGAAACGCACUGACAGAUAUGUUGAACAGAGACAAAAAGGUGAGAAAAGCAGAUCAAGUUCAAACAUUCUGCCUUUGAGUGGUUUCUUUCACUCCGUUUGUUUUUGUCUGAUUCUUGGGAGACUUUAAUGUGGUACAAACGUAAUCCGUACAGGUCGAAGGUUCAAAUAUGUUAUUUAUGACCUGGUUACACAAACACAUAUAAAGCUCUUAUUUUUAAAAGCAAAUUUGCCUUUAUAAGGAGCAAUAAUUCCAGAAAAUGGAAGAAACUCAACAAUAAGCUGGGAGAACGUUUGUGGAUUUGGGAGAGAUCUCUUAAAGUCAAAAUACUCGCUGUAGAAGCUUUGUAAGAAAACCAAGUACUGUAGCGCUUUACGAGAUGUUUUGUCUUAUAAAGUUUUUAAAAAUUGAAUCAUGUUUGGGCCUCAAACUACGCCAAGAGUGAAGAAGGAGGAGAUGAUCUCUGCUUUGGGUCCUCCGGCAGCACAGAUCAGCUCCUCUGGUGUGAAGCUGAAAUGUUUGAGUGAUAAAGUUUGUGGAAACUGACUAGCGGAGCAGAGAAAUGUUUAACUCUUCAUGUUCAGAUCAUUUGAAGCCUUUAGGAUAAAAAAAGAAAACAAAAAACCUCAUCAUGCUGGGUUAGGUCACAUGGGAGCUGCAUUAAUUAACAGAAGUGUGAUUCUAACGUGUACGUGAACAUCUGGGUUUUAGUUAUAACUGGAAAACUGAGACCUAAUCCUGAAAACUAUCGAGAUCAGACUAUUAUCUAGUCUGUUGGUUAAAGUAGUUAAACACCAAUUUAAGGUGUAGAUCCACACCUAGAA